UCGUCAUGACGGCGUCUCCGGAUUACUUGGUGGUGCUUUUUGGGAUCACUGCCGGGGCCACCGGGGCCAAGCUGGGUUCGGAUGAGAAGGAGCUGAUCCUGCUGUUAUGGAAAGUCGUGGAUUUGGCCAACAAGAAGGUGGGACAGUUGCACGAAGUACUAGUUAGACCGGAUCAGUUGGAACUGACAGAGGAUUGUAAAGAAGAAACUAAAAUAGACGCCGAAAAUCUGUCUUCCGCGCCGCAGCUGGACCAAGCCCUCCGACAGUUUAGCCAGUCAGUGAGCAAUGAACUGAAGAUUGGGGUAGGGACCUCCUUCUGUCUGUGCACUGACGGGCAGCUUCACGUCAGGCAGAUCUUGCAUCCUGAGGCUUCCAAGAAGAAUGUAUUACUACCUGAAUGCUUCUAUUCCUUUUUUGAUCUUCGAAAAGAGUUCAAGAAGUGUUGCCCCGACUCUCCUGAUAUCGACAAGCUGGAUGUCUCAGCGAUGGCAGAGAGCCUGAACUUUGAGAAGAAUGACUCCGUGUCCCGAUACGGAGCCUCCCAAGUUGAAGACAUGGGGAACAUCAUUUUAGCAAUGAUCUCCGAGCCCUACAAUCACAGAUUUUCAGAUCCAGAGAGAGUAAACUACAAGUUUGAAAGUGGCACUUGCAGCAAGAUGGAACUUAUUGAUGACAACACAGUGGUGAGGGCUCGAGGUUUGCCCUGGCAGUCUUCGGAUCAAGAUAUUGCAAGGUUCUUCAAAGGACUCAAUAUUGCCAAGGGCGGCGCGGCACUUUGUCUGAAUGCUCAGGGGCGGAGGAACGGAGAAGCGCUGGUUAGAUUUGUGAGUGAGGAGCACAGAGAUCUAGCUCUGCAGAGGCACAAACAUCACAUGGGGACCCGGUACAUUGAGGUUUACAAAGCAACAGGCGAAGAUUUUCUUAAAAUUGCCGGAGGGACAUCCAACGAGGUAGCCCAGUUUCUCUCCAAGGAGAAUCAAGUCAUCGUGCGCAUGCGGGGACUCCCUUUCACGGCCACGGCUGAGGAGGUGGUAGCCUUCUUUGGACAGCACUGCCCCAUCACUGGAGGGAAGGAAGGCAUCCUCUUCGUCACCUACCCAGAUGGCAGGCCAACAGGAGAUGCUUUUGUGCUCUUCGCUUGUGAGGAAUAUGCUCAGAACGCCCUGAGAAAGCACAAGGAGCUGUUGGGUAAAAGAUACAUCGAACUCUUCCGGAGCACGGCAGCUGAGGUUCAGCAGGUGCUGAAUCGAUUCUCCUCAGCCCCUCUGAUUCCACUUCCAACCCCCCCCAUUAUCCCCGUACUACCUCAGCAGUUUGUACCCCCUACAAAUGUAAGAGACUGUAUACGUCUGCGAGGUCUUCCCUACGCUGCCACAAUAGAAGACAUUCUGGACUUCCUGGGGGAGUUUUCCACAGAUAUUCGUACACAUGGGGUUCACAUGGUAUUGAAUCACCAGGGACGCCCAUCAGGAGAUGCCUUUAUCCAGAUGAAGUCAACAGACAGAGCGUUCAUGGCUGCGCAGAAGUACCAUAAGAAAACCAUGAAGGACAGAUAUGUUGAAGUCUUUCAGUGUUCAGCUGAGGAGAUGAACUUUGUGUUAAUGGGGGGCACUUUAAAUCGAAAUGGCUUAUCCCCGCCGCCAUGUAAGUUACCAUGCCUGUCCCCUCCCUCCUACACAUUCCCAGCUCCUGCGGCUGUGAUUCCUACAGAAGCUGCUAUUUAUCAGCCUUCUCUGCUCUUGAGCCCACGGGCACUGCAGCCCCCGACUGCAUACUACCCGGCGGGAACUCAGCUCUUCAUGAACUACACAGCCUACUAUCCCAGCCCCCCAGGUUCGCCUAAUAGUCUUGGCUACUUCCCUACAGCUGCCAAUCUUAGCAGUGUCCCGCCCCAGCCUGGCACGGUGGUCAGAAUGCAGGGCCUGGCCUACAAUACUGGAGUUAAGGAAAUUCUUAACUUCUUCCAAGGUUACCAGUAUGCAGCCGAGGAUGGACUUGCACACACACAUGACCAGGCCAGGACUCUACCCAAAGAAUGGGUUUGUAUUUAAGGGCCCCAGCAGUUAGAUCGUCCUCAGAGAAGCAGUGUUUGAAAGACGUAUGAUGAUCCUGAAACCAUCAGACCAGAGAAACUUCUAGCAAUUUCAGGGGAUGUUCGCCUACACUCAGGCUGUGGGAUUCUCAGCCAGUGCGAUUGAACAGCAGGCCUGGGCCUUAUCUACUGCUGGACUGAGGAAAAGGGAAGCUGGCAGAGCCAACCCUUGCUAGCAAGCGGCGUACGAGCCUGGCUCCUGGCUGAGUGCAAGCAGGAAUGUAAAUGUGAAUUUGAGGUCCGAGGCCUCGCUUCCAGCUCCCUUGGCAUCGGCUUUAUUUCCUGAGUCGAAGUCUUGGAGUAAAAUACAUUCCACUAGUGUCUCCCAUCUGCCGUUAACAGCCACGGAGCCUUCAUUGUGUAUUCCCACGCUUCUCUCUCCCUCUUCUGUAAAAUAAAACCCUCUUGCUAAGUAAUUUAAGUGUACAUUCUUAGAAUACUUAAAUCCCAAACUAAGAAAAGGAAUAAAAUGAAACUAAUAUUUUCCCAAAUACUAGUUUAAUAGGCCAUCAUGGUGCCUUAUAGUUGAAAACAAUUAUUUUCGAAAGCCCCUCAGGCAGGCUGGGCCAUAGCUCAGUGGGAAGGAGCUUGCCUAGUAGUAUGCUUGAGCCCUGGUCGGAGGCCUGUUCCCUCGUGCCCUCUCCACACGCGCACCCGAGGAUUCCCCUUCCACACACACCGUGUUACAGGGUUUGAGUGUUUGUCUCUGCAGGUACCAGCUGUAAUUAAGAAUGAAGUAGGGGCCAAAAUUUGAAACCAAAAAUGAAGCAGCUACAUGUAGUUAGUAGUUCCCAGUGUGCGCUGUGACUGCCUGACUGGCUUUAUAUGUAUUGUACUUUUUUCAUUGUUAACAGUUUGGACUUUAAUAAGAGAAAUCCCAUAGUUUUUAAUGUCACAAAAAUAGGACUAUUUGAACAGUGUAUUCUGGAAAACAAUAUACCAAUCUAAGUGAAUACAUGCGCAUAUUGAUACCGCUUUUCUCUCCAGCGCCUCAGCUGUUUUGUUAAAACCUUUAAAAGCGUAGGCGUGCCGGCCAGGGUAAACGCUGAGACAGCGUGGCAGGCGCACUCGGUGUCAGCGCAGCCCGAGUAGCUGUGUUCAUGGGCCAGGGCGCACGCAGUAGUCGGCACUAGCUAUCCAGCUGUCUAAUGUAACCCGGCAGGAAGUGAUUUGAUUACACGCACAUGUCUCUCUGCUACUCUUGCUCUAUCCUUGGAUGCGAUGCCGUGGCUGUGGCUGCUAUUUUUAGUUUGCAUCAUCACCUUGUCUGCGGAGUCAAGCAUUACCCUCUCACUUGACCAACGAUAGCCCUUCCACUGCAGUGGGAAGAAAGAAGAAGAAAAGGGUUUGGUGUGAAAAUCGGUGAAAUCUGGCACUUGAGAUAGAUAACUAAGAAUAAAGUUCCUGCUUGACGCCUCAAGCUGCUCACGCCCGAAGCUCUGAAGGACUAAGAUGGCAGACAUGUUCGCUGUGGUACUACUGCAUUUUUUUGUAGAGUUGUUACAUUGAUAAUAAAA